UGGAAUGGAAUAGCAUCAGCAUUAAGAAUAAGAGAGGAGAAAAAGAGAUGAAUAAAUACGUUGGAAUCGUUUGUUCAUUGUUGUCAGAGGUGUUGUCCAGAUAGCCGUUUCAUUAACUUCCCACAUUCUCUGUCCCAAGGGUCAAGAUGCUCCCAUUAUUUUACUCGUAGCUUUCCUCUCCGUUUGCUCUCUAUCUCGCCCCAACCUUAUAAACAUUUCUUUCGCUCUUCCUUUUAGACAGAGAAAGACACGCAGAAAAAGCACUAAUCCUCUGAAACACGCGUAGACAGAGAGAGAAGGUAGAUACACAAUCUUGUGUCUGAGGACUAAUGGGUUCGUCUCAGGGUCAGAGCAGCGGCAGCUACGAUCUCUCAUUCAAGAUCUUACUGAUUGGAGAUUCCGGCGUUGGAAAAAGCAGUAUCCUUGCCAGCUUCAUCUCUAACACCGUCGAAAACCUUCCACCCACCAUUGGCGUGGAUUUUAAAAUCAAGCUGCUCACCGUUGGUGGGAAGAAAUUGAAGCUCACAAUUUGGGACACUGCUGGACAGGAGAGGUACAGGACAUUAACAAGCACUUAUUAUAGAGGUGCCCAAGGGAUCAUUCUUGUUUACGAUGUUACGCGUAGAGACACCUUUACAAACUUAUCAGAUUUAUGGGCCAAAGAAGUGGAACUCUAUUCGACUAAUCAAGACUGUGUCAAGAUGCUUGUUGGGAAUAAAGUUGAUAUGGCCUCUGAAAGGGUUGUAAGUAGAGAGGAGGGAAUUGCACUAGCAAAAGAGCUCGGAUAUUUGUUCCUUGAAUGUAGUGCUAGAACAGGAGAAAAUGUGGAACAAUGCUUUGAAGAACUUGCGUUAAAGAUAAUGGAGGUUCCUAGUAUUUUAGAACAAGAGUCAGCAAAAAAGGGAGACAUUUUGAACCCUGAACCGGUAGUACCUCCGGACGAUAAUUGUUGUACCUAAUGCCUCCAAACAGUCAAGACUCACUUCUCAUGAACGGAUCAUGUGCGUGUUAAUGAAACGUUGGCACUCAGAUAACAUGAAUCAGCUUGUGUAAAUCGUUUGUUUUUUUUUUUUUUCCUUAAAAUAAUAUCAGCCGAAAACAGAUACUAUAUGGAUUUGCAAUGGUUGAGCUGUCGUAGUUAUUCAGUCCACAAUGCAGCUAAGAGCAAUUUCAAUUUUUA